CAUCCAAUAUAUGAGGUAUUUGUUUAAACUCUGUAGACAUUAGAGAAAAGCUGUAUUCAUGAACCUGACGGAGUUUAACCAAUCUGAUCGCUGUGAGCAUUUCUCCUGUCCAGAGAGAUCUGUAUCUCCUGGAGUUUAUAUCUUACUGUACAUGUGUGGAUUUGCUGUGAUUCUUCUAACAGUGUGUGGAAAUCUGCUUGUCAUCAUCUCUGUUUUUCACUUCAAGCAGCUUCACACACCAACCAACAUGCUCGUGCUUUCUCUGGCUGUGUCGGACUUUCUCUUUGGCGCUUUAGUGAUGCCGUCAAUAUUAAUCUGGACAGUUGAGUCAUGCUGGAUUUUUGGGAAAGAUUUCUGCAUCAGUUUUUGGCUAAUUGGUGGCUUUCUCAUGAUCAUAUCCAUCUAUAAUAUUGCUUUGAUCUCUGUGGAUCGGUAUUUGGCUCUCUCAAUCCCAUUUCUCUACACAAAUACAUUCUCUUGGAGGACUAUGUGCAUUGUGGUUUAUUGCAACUGGUGUGUGUGUCUGGCUUAUAAUAUAACAUUCUGUUAUUUUAAUGGAAGCUUCAAGAGUUUUGUAAUGUGUCCUGGAGAGUGUUUGUACAUUCUGAAUAAGGUUUGGUCUGUUAUUGACCUUGUAGUAACGUUUGUAUUUCCACUUUCUGUCAUAAUCAUAUUGUAUACUCGAGUUUUUGUGAUUGCUAAGAAACAUGCCACUGCUAUCAGAGAGCUUAACAAUCACACACGGCCUAAAACACAGAAAAUCACCUCACACUCAAUGAAAUCUGAGAGAAAAGCAGCUAAAGUCCUUGGCAUUUUAGUGUCUGUGUUUUUGGCAUGUUUACUUCCGUAUUUUAUUUACAGUUUAUUAGGUGAUAUUAUUGAACUGCAGACAGAAACUAUUCAAAAAGUGAUGAUUGUGGGUUAUCUUAAUUCGACCAUUAAUCCGUUUAUUUAUGCUCUGUUUUACCCGUGGUUUAGGAGGUGUAUCAAAUUAAUUAUAACUCUGCAAAUAUUCCAAACAGACUCUGCAUUAAUAAAUGUUCUUUCAUGA